UCUAGUUUUCCUAAAAGGAAAAAGAAGAGGAAGAAGCCUAGCUUGUAGUCUGUCGGAAGAAAAAGAAAACAAACAGCUUGCGUCUUUUAUUAUUUUACAGAUGUCUUUGAGAAAAUGCCUUUCACAACAUGCACUGAAAAACUGACUCAAUGUUACGAGCGGUACCGGGAAUAUGUCACAAAAAAUCCAGCAGCAACUGCACAGCUAGAGAGUGCGGUCCGAACCUUGUCCUAUCUGAUUGCAGGGAGGUUUACAGACUGCCAUGAAAUCUCUGAACUAGUAUACACGGCUUCCAAUCUGUUGGUGUUGCUGAACGAUGGCAUACUGCGCAAAGCACUUUGUCGCACGAUACCUAGGCAAAAGAUCCUUACCUGGCUAUCUGCACUGGAGUAUGUGGAGGUCUUUGUGGAAAUGGGGGCCACUAAGCUGUGGGGUGAAGGUGGCCGCUGGCUGGUCAUUGGGAUCAUCCACAUCCUGAAAGCAAUCUUGCGCAUCCAGCUGCUCUUUUGGUACAAAUCAGGCAUUCAGACUUCACCUCCUAUAAUACCCCUGGACAGAGAAGCAGGUCUCAGAAACCAAGACACAGAACAUGAUGACCACCCUGAAGACCCUUCCUUUGUAGGCCAGCGGUCAGGGCGUGUGAUCAGGCCACUUGGCAGCACGCCCCCUCUGCACACCAGGCUGUGGGAGGCACCUGGCAGGGAGAGGAGGCAGGACUGUGAACACCCUCCUUCUGAUCCCCCUGCUCCCACACUGCUGGGUUUCCAGGAGACCUUGGCAGAGUCUCUCUUUAUUGGACGCCCACUCGUGCACUUGCUUUCACUUGGAUUAUGUGGAAAACGCUCCUGGAAACCAUGGGUUAUCUCUGGAGUCCUUGAAAUAACCAGUUUCGCAUUGCUUUAUGACACAAAAUCUCUGACGCGACCAGAAAGAGCAGAGUUGAGAAGAAGAGCCUUCCUACUUCUCUACUACCUGCUGCGUUCACCUUUCUACGACAGAUACUCAGAGACAAAGAUUAUUUUCCUACUUAGAUUCCUGGCUGAAUAUGUACCUGGAGUUGGACUUAUUGCACGCCCUCUAAUGGAUUACCUUCCUGUCUGGCAGAAGAUCUAUUUCUACAACUGGGGAUAGGAGCUUUGGCCGAAAGAGAAUGUUGUUUAUUCGUUGAGAGAGGAAGAUUUUUCAACUGUAGAGACUCACAAGCACAAGUCUACAGACAUUGUGUUAAAUUGGUGUAUGGUUAUGCCAUGUUAAUCUACAAAGAGGUCUGUGCAUGUUGA